UCUUUCUUUUAUGUGAAUAAUCUCAAAUUUUGUAGCCAAUAGAUAAUAUACUUAUAAUGUCUGUUGCUGAAUUUUUAAAAGGUCUUCCUUCACAUAACGAGAACAAUUUUGCAAAUUUUCAUACUGAUAAUGGAAAUCGGACAUGUGUGAAAAGACCAUCGGUUUAUCUUCCUACAAAGGAUUAUCCUUCCGAACAAAUUAUAGUCACUGAGAAAACUACCAUUUUAUUGAGAUAUCUACAUCAACAAUGGGAUAAAAAGAACGCCGAUAGAAAAAGAGAGUUCUUGUCUACCAAUGGCGAUCCCCAGGAUGAUGCAUCUGCAGUACGCAGUAAAAGGCCACGUCUCGACCUGAAUAAUAGUCUUUAAAAUAUAUUACAUUUUUCAUACGGACGUAUAUUCUUGGAUAACUGAUGAUCGCAUGAUACGAAUCAAUUAUUCACAGAUGGACAUAUUUAUGGUACAAAUUAUAUCGUUGCUUAAAUUUAUAAAAGUUAAAUGUACUAUCUUUGACAAUAUCUUUAGUAAAUUUAUUCUUAAGGAUUAUAAUUUUGAUAAAAGAUUUAAAUUUACUGUAUUUUUUUUAAUACAGUAAAAUGUGUGAUGUAUGGAUCGUA